AAGUUUAAUGAUGUCAGAAGAUAAUGAGAAUACUUGUUUGUCAUGUUUACGCUAUCAUAACUUGGCUCAAUACCCAAAUGGAUGAAACCGAUCAGUGGGAUUUUCAAUAAAGUGGUACAUUUAUUUAAUUUCAACUACUUUAAUAACAAUGUUUCGACCAUCAUUGAAACGUAUUACUUUUAAAGCCUUUAAAAGUAAAAACAGGAAUAUUUUUGGAAGACAGUUUGGUGUUCAGAUUGGCAGUGAACCUGACAAGAGCUCAACUCUCUACAAGGAAAACUAUGCUGAUAUGCAAAACUUAGUUAAUCAAUUAAAAAAUCAUAUCUCGAAUGCUGAAAAAGGUGGUGGCCAAGCUGCCAGUGAACGGCAUACUUCCAAAGGAAAACUGACUGCAAGACAGAGAAUUAAUACAUUAUUAGACCCUGGAUCUCCUUUCCUAGAACUAUCUCAGCUGGCAGCGUUUGAAAUGUACCAGCCUGACAAUGUAGCGUCCGGUGGAAUCAUUUGUGGCAUUGGAAAGAUUUGUAGCAUUGAAUGUAUGGUAAUAGCAAAUGAUGCUACAGUCAAAGGUGGAACUUACUAUCCAAUUACAGUGAAAAAACACCUUAGAGCUCAAGAGAUUGCAGCAGAAAACAGACUGCCUUGCAUUUACCUGGUAGAUUCUGGUGGUGCAAAUCUUCCACAUCAGGCAGAAAGCUAUCCUGAUAAGCUACAUUUUGGGCGAAUCUUCUUCAAUCAAGCUAAUAUGUCGGCUGAAGGUAUAAAUCAGAUAGCAGUGGUGCUGGGUAGUUGCACUGCAGGAGGAGCCUACGUACCUUCCAUGGCAGAUGAGAGUAUCAUCGUCCGCAAACAAGGCACCAUCUUCCUGGCAGGACCGCCCCUGGUAAAAGCAUCCACGGGAGAGGUAGUGUCAGCAGAAGAUUUGGGUGGUGCUGAUCUCCAUUGUGGGGUAUCAGGAGUGACUGAUCACUAUGCAGUAGACGAGCAUCAUGCCUUGACAUUGACACGUAACAUCAUAUCUCAGCUCAACUUGUCUAAGGACCCAUCAGUGACUGUUUCCAGAGAUACACCAGAACCCCCUAUCUUUCCUGCUGACCAACUCUAUGGGAUUGUGGGUGCAAACCUUAAAAAAAGCUUCAACAUCAAAGAGGUGAUCGCAAGGUUGGUUGAUGGCUCUCGAUUUUCUGAAUUCAAGGAAAAAUAUGGUGAUACACUUGUGACUGGGUUUGCUAAACUAUUUGGCUAUCCCAUCGGAAUAGUGGCUAACAACGGUGUUUUGUUCUCAGAGUCAGCUAUUAAGGGAACACAUUUUAUUGAACUGUGUUGCCAAAGGAAAAUUCCACUUCUCUUCUUACAGAACAUCACUGGUUUCAUGGUAGGGAAGGAUGCAGAAGCAGGAGGCAUAGCUAAGAACGGUGCCAAGAUGGUGACUGCCGUGUCUUGUGCCAAAGUUCCUAAACUCACUCUCAUCGUCGGAGGAUCCUAUGGGGCCGGAAACUACGGGAUGUGUGGCCGAGCUUACGGACCCAGAUUCCUAUACAUGUGGCCUAACGCUCGCAUAUCUGUGAUGGGAGGAGAACAAGCAGCCGGAGUUUUGGCCCAAAUCACCAGAGAUCAAAAGUUGCGGAAAAAAGAACAGUGGACUGAGGAACAGGAAGCAGCUCUUAAAGAACCUAUAAUCAAACAGUUUGAAAAAGAAGGAAGCCCGUAUUACUCUACCGCAAGGUUGUGGGAUGAUGGAAUUAUAGAUCCUAUGGACACUAGACAAGUUUUGGGUCUUAGUCUUGCUGCUACUCUCAAUGCGAAAAUUCCUGACACUAAAUUUGGUGUGUUUAGGAUGUAAUGUUUUUGUUUUGUUCAAAUUUUAUAAUAAAAUAUUUUGCUGUA